AUGAAAGAGGUGAUGCACCGCAACCGCAAUAAACGUAGGGGACCCCCGGAGGGUCGCUCAGUUCAGAACGUGCUGAGCACCGAUGGCAUCCCACCCGGCAUGUUUGCCGUGAUCGACCCCCUCAGCAAGCGCCUGCUUAUUCCUUUACAGUCUAUGCUGGACACUCGCGCGAUGCACCGCAAAGGCGUGCCUUCGCUCUGCCGGGUGUUUCUGGAGGGGCGUUGCCGACAGGGCACGAACUGCUUCCAAGCGCACGCCAAUAUCGAUCUGGUGCUCGAGCUACGGGCCAAGGCGCUCGCGGAGCCGACGUGUUGUGCCCUACACGGCGCCCCUAGCAAUACCUCAGGCAUCAACCCUGCCCUGCGGCUGGUUGUGCGGAACGACGACGGUGAGACGGUAGGGUGGGCACAGCUGCCCCAGACACUGGUAACCAACGGACUGCGCAGUCUCAUCGCCGCUCAGACGAGCACCGCUGGCAUGCAGGCACCAGUAGAUGUGGUCGUGCCAACCUCAGCGCUCUGCCGGCUGCACAGCGGCGCAGAUGGGUCGCCCUGCUGCCGCUUCGAGGGAGAAUGCAAUUUUGUGCACCUGUGCCGGCAACUGAUGGCUCAUAUCGAUCAGCAGAGGGCGGCGGUCAAGGUGGAGAAGCACCUCACUGCGCCAGUGUUGGCCAUAGGAAAGCCCCCUGAAACUAAUCAAGAGCUCAUGACUCUCCUGGACAAGGGAUUUCACGCUUCUGACUCCUCCCCGCUGCAAAUGCGCUCGCAGCCGGCUUCAUCGGUGACGGUGCCGAUGAGCGUCAGCGCCAACCUCGGCGUCACCCCACCAAUCCGCUUCGACCCUCUUGCGCUCGCGGCGACAGCGCCAAGCCCGACGCCGGACAACGGUGUGCUCUUGUUGGGGCGAUCCCCGUUGAUGUCACGGUCCUUCAGCUCCACUACCUCUGGGUUGGUUUGGCGCCACAACCCGUACAACUCCUCUCACGCCUCCUCUGUAAUAGAAACCUGA